AUGGCUGACUUGUCUGAUCUAUUUGCGAGGCUGAAAAGCCCUGCUUCUUCAAACGACCAGACUUCACAGGCAAACCACCCUUCGAUCUGGGCCUCGCAGCAACCUUCCGUCUCAAGCCCUUUGUUUUCCCCUCCCAUCCACACUCCCAACCCCCAACACCCUUCGGCUAUCAUGAGUCCCAGUCUCACCCCUGCUCCGGGUGACUCAAAGUCCAACGAUCUCUUGAACUUGCUCAAGUUCAACUCCAGCCAGCUUGCCGGCGCUAUGAGCCCGCUGGCCUCUCUGCAGAACAUUGGUGCUCAGAGCCCGGGCCCUCAGCUUCACCCUGCACAGCAACAGUCUCGCUCUGUCUCGGCCCAAGAUCUGGUCGCUUCCUUCCACCAAAAGCCAUCGAGCGCCUCUUCUCUGCGUAUCUCAAUGCCUUCGCCUCAGCCCGACCAAAAGUCACAGCAGCCUUUGGGAGACGCUCAGAACUUCCUGCUCGGUCUUCUGAACCGUCCCAAAAACGGUGCCGCUGCUGAGUCCUUGUCUCCAGCCAUGCAGCCCGCACGAAUUCCUGAACCCUUCAUCAACGAGCCCACUCCUUCGGCCGACGUUGUUGACCCUCAAGACCCUUCUGUUCGCCUCUUCGGCAGCGUCGGAUCUCGCGAGACUACUCCAUUUGAAGGCCCUUCUCACGCAAAGAAGCCCGUCUUCACAUACGUCAACCCCUUCGAGCAGAUGACUGCUUCGUCGCCUAGGCCCGCUUCCAAGGCUGAGGGUCCUAAGCACCAGCGCGACGUCUCUCAACCUGAAGACACCGACAACGGUCCUCCUAACGCAAAGAACCGCAAGAUCACGUCUUCCCUUCCCUCGCCAACUCCUUCUCCUCGCCCUGCCCAGCCUUCGGCCGAUGCUCAUCAAAGCGUGUCCGAGGCCCUCAGUGGUGUUGGCGAGAAGGUCGACAAGCAAGUUGAAAAAGCACUUGCCCAAGCCGACGGUGCCAUAUCUUCUGCCUCGAAAGAGCAGACCAAGGCCCCCGAGGAGGUUGCCGACAGCUGGGAGAGCGCUGAUGCCGACGAAUCUGGCAAGGACAGCAAGGACUACGCUGUUCGCGUCUACAACUUCCCAAUGAGACCUUUCGUCUCCAUCACCAUCAACAAGGACAGCCAGGCUACUGCCAUGCGUCCCGACUCGCUCAUGGACAUUGCUCGCCUGAAGAAGGAGUUUGAGCAGAUUGACCGUGCGCUCGUCACCGCUUCGCCCAACCACAUUGUGUAUGCCAUGUCUAAGAGUGGCGGUUUCCGUGUGAUCCGCCAGGACUCUGGCAAGGACAAGCAAGUCUUCCGCUCUGCUGCUGAGCGUGUCUUCAACGUCCAGAUUUGCACUGCUAGCGGUGCCCACAAGGACAUUGAAACAGUCCUCGCAACCGGAGUUAACGGCUCUGUUUUCUGGACCAGCAUCAACAAGGUCGAGGGCGAUUCAUUCGACGACCUGGACCUUGAGUCGCAAGGCUUUGUGCUUCCCCCCGUGCCUGUUCAGGACGACAACACUUCUGGCAGCCCUGUUAAGACCAGAGCUAAGAUGAGCUCGCGUAACGCAGACUUCUUUGCCAUCUCCAGAGGCAAGUCCAUCUACAUCAUCUCACCUUUCGUGGCCCGCCAGAGCCAGUACACCGACAAGAAGACUCGCGUCGUCGACAACGACAAGUAUCUGCAAGAGCGCUGCUUGAAGAUCUCAACCGGCAAGGCUGGUAAGGACUUCGCCUUCAGCGGCGACGACAGUCUGUUGGCAUCGCUGGACAAGAGCGGACGCAUCAAGUUCUGGGAUAUUCGUGACAUGGCACAACAGGCCCGCGAAACGACUCCUCUUGGCAAGCGCCCUGCUCUUGAGCGCAAGGACCCCCUUCUUACUCUGACCACGACCCUUCCUGCUGAGAAGGCAACCCCUUCUUCCAUCAUGUUCGUUGACAAGGAGAGGCCAUGCGUUAAGGGCGUUGCUCUCCGCUAUUUGCUUGUUGGUUUGAAGCAGAACCACAUUCUUCAGCUCUGGGAUCUUGGUCUCAACAAGCCCGUUCAGGAGCUGUACUUCCCUCACGACAAAGACUCUGAUGCCAUCUGCAGCAUCUCCUACCACCCCAAGACAGGCAUCAUCGCUCUUGGCCACCCUACUCGCAACUCGAUCUACUUCAUCCAUCUGUCGGCUCCUCGCUACAACAUCCCUAGCAUGGAUCAGGCCAGGUACACGACUAUGCUUGCUGAGCAGGAUCCCAACCUGCCUCGCCCUGAGUCAACCGCUAUCAUGAGCGGUAUCCGCGAGCUGUCUUUUGCUUCAAAGGGCCAACUUCGCAGUGUGGACAUGCUCCACACCCCUGUCGCCUCUGAGGCUUCCAGUGAUGUUCUCUUUGAGCUCUAUGCUAUGCACUCUAGGGGCGUCACUUGCAUGAACAUCAAGCACGAGGACUUGGGCUGGAGCCGUGACAACAAGGUCCUCCACCCUGUUGAUGCCGAGGAAUCUGGUCUUAUCUCAGUCGCUAGCAUCUCUCCCAAUGCUACUGCAGAGGCACCCGCCAAGUCGGCCAAGGCUGCCGCACCUUCAUCUCCCCAGAAGCCCGAGUCCGCCAGACCUGUCGCACCAACUCCAAAGGCCGCUGCUAAACAAGAGCCUGUUAUCAACGGUACUUCCAAGGCCGAGAAGUCGAAGAAGUCCGUACCGGAACAGAGCACUGCCGAGGCUGCAACCAACCCUGCCAUUCUCACACCUGCUUCAUACGCUCUCGCCGCUCGCCCCAAGGUUUCUGCUACCGAGGCCUCUCCUUCUGCUAAGGAACCUACAGCUGCUGUCACACCUUCGCCUGCACCUGUCGAGAAACCUACCAAGGCUGCCGAAGCUACCGCUCCCGUUGAUGCUGAGGCUAUCAACAAGGCUGUUAGUGAGGUUCUUUCCAGAGAGAUCGACUCUCUGUAUCGCAGACUCGAUGAUGACAAGCGUAUCCAAGACGCCGCUGCUGCCGCCAAGCAGGAUGCUGUGCUCCGUCUUGUGUCCAGCACUUUGACCGAUAAUGUUGAGAAGACACUCAACAAGAUCAUCGCCACCAACAUCACCAGCAGCGUCAUUCCUGCUAUCGUCGAGACUAGUUCGACCCUGUUGAACGAGAAGCUUGCUUCUGCAGUCUCCCAGCAUGUCGCCAAGAUCGUCCCUGGUGAGCUCAAAGCUUCUUUGGCUCCUGCUAUCGCAUCUGCCCUGCAGGAGAAGGAACUCCAGCGCGUCAUUUCCGAGCAGACCUCCUCCAAGCUUACUCCUCAGAUCGAGCAGUCUUUCGCUACUGUUUUGCGCAACUCGAUUGUUCCCAACUUCACAACCCUCGCCCAGACCUCAACCAAGAAGGCAGUUGCUGAUGUUGAGCGCCGCUUCGCCGAGCAGCUUCGUGAUGCCGAGGUGCAGCGUCAGAAGGAUAACGCUAAGAUCGAGCAACUCUCGGACCUGGUUCUCGGACUUUCAAAGACAAUUCACGAGAUGGCUGCUGGUCAGUCAGCCUUCCAAGAGCAGAUCCUCAAGCUUCAGCGCCAGAUUGCAGGCGAAAACUCGGCACGUUCUGCCGUCUCUACUGAAGGUGAUGUUGUGCCUUCGAUUGAAGACCCCGAGUUGGAGGGCAUAACAGCCAUGAUGACCCAGGGUAGAUACGAGGAGGGAACCAUCCAGUGGCUUCAGUCUGAACGCCAGGGCGAGCUCUUUGACAAGCUCUUCGUCCGCAUCAACCCCCAGUACCUGCAGAGACUCAGCCCUCUGGUGUCGCUGUCUGUAUCGGCUGCCUUGACUUCCUCGUUCGAGCAGCACGUCGACGAGCGUCUCUCUUGGCUCAGCACCGUCCUGUCGACCAUCAACCUCGCUGACCCUGAGAUCAGAGAGGUAGCACCCAAGAUUAUGGACGUUCUCCAGCAGCGCAUGCAGGGAGCAUACAUGUCGAUUGCCGAGAGCAACGUCCAGGACCCUGCUCUGCGCGUCGUCUCUACUCUAUCUCGCCAGAUCAACGAGAUCAAGAACCAGAGCCAGAGCUUUCGCUGA